AUACUUUUAAUUUUGAUCUUAAAAGUUUAUCCUUAGAACAAGUGAAGGUAAAAAGAAUUAAGGCUAAAAAUUAGAUGUAAUUUCCUGUUUACUAAAAAUAAAAAUACAAUACCUGUUUACCAGCCAACAGUUAAGCUUCCAAAUCAAGACGGAACAAUUUCUUCUGUGAAUCACUUCUUCCAUCAAUGGCGUUUCCUCUCCAUUACGGUUCUUGCCCUGUGGUCAAGAAUAUACUUCUUUUGGAUUCGGAAGGAAAGCGUGUAGCUGUUAAGUACUACUGCGAUGACUGGCCGGCAAAUAGUGCCAAGCUUGCUUUUGAGAAGGCUAUUUUUACCAAGACUCAAAAGACAAACGCUCGCACUGAAGCUGAGAUAGCAAUGUUUGAUAAUAGCGUUGUUGUCUAUAAGUUUGUGCAAGACCUUCACUUCUUUGUAACGGGAGGUGAUGAUGAAAAUGAACUAAUUCUAGCCACUGUUCUCCAGGGCUUCUUUGAUGCAGUUACCGUUCUUCUCAGGAGUAAUGUUGAGCAGAGAGAGGCUCUUGAGAACUUAGAUUUGGUGCUUUUGUGCCUAGAUGAGAUUGUGGAUGGAGGGUAAGUGAUGUGGUUCUCUAAUGAUGUCCUAACAGAAUUUACAUUACAGUGUUUUCUUUCUACUUAGCAUCUCUUUUUCAUUUUUUCUUUUCCGUUUCUCUCUUUCCAUUUUGUACUGCUAGAAGCUCUUACAGUCAUCCUUUAGCAAUUUAUUUCUGUCAUCUCGUGCUACUUAAGUACUACAUCCUCUGCAAGUAAGUCUUUGCUUCAAAAGUUGUUCUUGCUGUAUAGAGGGAUGCAUAUAAGUUUAGGUUGAACAACAGUACAAUAUGCUCGAGGUAACUAGCUUUCAUACUUAAGCAUUUGGGUGGUUAUGCUUUUCUACCUUUAGCAGUAAUUUGUUCUAUGGAGGCACUUUUUGACUUUUGAGGCUACCGUACUCUGUUCAACACCGCUUCAUCCAUGGCUCAGAUGGUAUGCUGAGCCAGGAGAAAGUCGUCUCUUGAAUACUAGAUGAUGGUUAAUGACACAGAUCAAAAUGCUUAUCUAGGCCAGUGGAAGAUAGUGUUCUUCCAAUAUCCUGUGGUGUAUUGCCAAAGAGUCUUACUGCUUUCAAUAGUUUGCA